AUGAAAACUUUUUUAUUUACAUCUCAAGUUUCUUUUCAAAGCAGCCGAGAACUGAAACGGAUGGGGAUUGAACUGCUUUGCCUGUUCUUUCUAUUUCUAGGAAGGAAUGAUCACGUACAAGGUGGCUGUGCUGUGGGGGGUGCGGAGACCUGUGAGGACUGCUUACUCAUUGGACCUCACUGCGCCUGGUGUUCUCAGGAGAAUUUUACCCACUUAUCUGGAGUUGGAGAAAGGUGUGAUACCCCAGCAAAUCUUUUAGCUAAAGGAUGUCAACUAACCUUCAUCGAAAACCCUGUCUCCCAAGUUGAAAUACUUACAAAUAAGCCUCUCAGCGUAGGCAGACAGAAAAAUAGCUCCAACAUCGUUCAGAUUUCACCUCAAAGGUUGGCUCUUAAACUGAGACCAGGCCUUGAACAGACCCUGCAAGUUCAAGUUCGCCAGACCGAGGAUUACCCUGUGGAUUUGUAUUAUCUCAUGGACCUCUCGGCCUCCAUGGACGACGACCUCAACACCAUCAAAGAGCUGGGCUCCCUGCUCUCCAAGGAAAUGUCUAAAUUAACCAGCAACUUUAGACUGGGCUUUGGUUCUUUUGUGGAGAAACCCGUCUCCCCUUUUGUGAAAACAACACCAGAAGAAAUGGCCAACCCUUGCAGUAGUAUUCCAUACUUUUGUUUGCCUACAUUUGGAUUCAAGCACAUUUUGCCAUUGACAAAUGAUACUGAAAGAUUCAAUGAAAUUGUGAAGAAUCAGAAAAUUUCUGCUAAUAUUGACACUCCAGAAGGUGGAUUUGAUGCAAUUAUGCAAGCUGCUGUGUGUAAGGAAAAAAUUGGCUGGCGGAAUGAUUCCCUCCAUCUCCUGGUCUUUGUGAGUGAUGCCGACUCUCAUUUUGGAAUGGACAGCAAACUGGCAGGCAUUGUCAUUCCUAAUGAUGGGCUCUGUCACUUGGACAGCAAGAAUGAAUACUCCAUGUCAACAGUCUUGGAAUAUCCAACAAUUGGACAACUCAUUGAUAAACUGGUGCAAAAUAACGUGUUACUGAUCUUUGCUGUAACCCAAGAACAAGUUCACUUGUAUGAGAAUUAUGCAAAACUCAUUCCUGGAGCUACAGUAGGGAUACUUCAGAAGGACUCUGGAAACAUUCUCCAGCUGAUCAUCUCAGCUUAUGAAGAACUGCGGUCUGAGGUGGAGCUGGAAGUGUUAGGAGACACAGAAGGACUCAACCUGUCAUUCACAGCCAUCUGUAACACCGGGAUCCCCUUUCCACACCAAAAGAAAUGCUCUCACAUGAAGGUGGGAGACAUUGUUUCAUUCAACGUGACUGUGAGUUUACCAAACUGUGAGAGAAGGAGCAGGCACAUUAUCCUCAAGCCCGUGGGGCUGGGGGAUGCUCUGGAAAUCCUCGUCAGCCCGGAAUGCAGCUGUGACUGCCAGAAAGAAGUGGAGGUGAACAGCCCCAAGUGCAACAACGGCAACGGCUCCUUCCAGUGUGGGGUGUGCGCCUGCAACCCUGGCCACAUGGGUCACCACUGCGAGUGCGGGGAGGACAUGCUGAGCACCGAGUCCUGCAAAGAGGCCCCAGAGCUCCCCUCGUGCAGCGGGAGAGGCGACUGCUACUGCGGGCAGUGUGUCUGCCACCUGUCCUCCUAUGGAAACAUUUACGGGCCUUACUGCCAGUGUGACAACUUCUCCUGCGUGAGACACAAGGGGCUGCUCUGCGGAGAUAAUGGCGACUGUGACUGUGGUGAGUGCGUGUGCAGGAGCGGCUGGACAGGCGAGUACUGUAACUGCACCACCAGCACGGACCCCUGUGUCUCCGAGGACGGGAUCCUCUGUAGCGGCCGAGGGGACUGUGUGUGCGGCAAGUGCAUCUGCACGAAUCCUGGAGCCUCGGGACCCACCUGUGAACGCUGUCCCACCUGCGGCGAUCUCUGCAACUCUAAACGGAGCUGCAUUGAAUGCUACCUGUCUGCAGAUGGCCAGGUCCAAGAAGAAUGUGUUGACAAAUGCAAACUAGCUGGUGCGACCAUCAAUGAAGAAGAAGAUUUCUCAGAGGAUAGCUCUGUUUCCUGUUCUCUGCAAGGAGAAAAUGAAUGCCUUAUUACAUUCCUACUAACUACAGAUAAUGAAGGGAAAACCAUCAUUCACAGCAUCAACGAGAAAGAUUGUCCAAAACCUCCAAAUAUUCCCAUGAUCAUGUUGGGGGUUUCGCUGGCUAUUCUUCUUAUUGGAGUCGUCCUACUGUGCAUUUGGAAGCUCCUGGUGUCUUUUCAUGAUAGGAAAGAAGUUGCCAAAUUUGAAGCAGAAAGGUCAAAGGCCAAGUGGCAAACGGGAACCAACCCACUGUACAGAGGCUCCACCAGUACCUUUAAAAAUGUAACCUAUAAACACAAGGAAAAACAAAAGGUCGAUCUUUUCACGGAUGGAUAG